UUGUAUAAAAUUCAUCACUCAAUAUAUCCCAUAAUUUAAACCAGAAGCCAUUAACGAUAUGUACCUAAUAAUUUAGAUACAAUAGUAUCAAGCAGGUGGCACAAAUUUACACUUAAGUCUUCUAUAUCACACGCAACAAGCAAUGCAUCGCGGCGUACUAGCGGCGUUCGAUUUCGAUCACACUAUCUGCGACGACAACACCGAUGUAGUGGCGCGAAGGUUGCUACCAGACGAGAGGAUACCCCAGAAUGUGAAGGGCCUGUACAAGUCUAGCGGCUGGAUCGCGUACAUGAGCAGGAUCUUAGAGCUUUUGCACGAGAAUGCGAUCGAUGCCCGGCAAAUCGACAAGGCCAUCGUCAGCAUACCCGCGGUCGCGGGUAUCGAGUCGCUCCUCCUUGCCUUGCACGCUAACGGCCACGAGAUCAUCAUCAUUAGCGACUCCAACAGCAUAUUCAUCGAUCGUUGGCUAAGAAGCAGGAAGCUCGACCACAUCGUGUCGCGGAUCUUCACGAAUCCGGCCCGAUAUGACGACCUCGGCAGGAUGAGGGUGGACAUGUAUCACACUCAGCACACAUGUCAGCUGAGCACCGUAAAUCUCUGCAAAGGACAGAUACUGAUGGACUACGUGGACGAGAGACGCGAGCAGGGCAAACACUAUGAGAGGAUCAUCUAUGUCGGCGACGGCAAGAAUGAUCUCUGCCCGGUCCUGCGUCUCUCGCAGACCGACCUGGCGUGCCCGCGCAAAAGUUACGCGCUCAUUGAGACGUUGAACAAAUUGCCCCGUGACGCAUCGACGAAGGCGAAAAUCAUACCGUGGGAUAACGGUAGGGAUUUGCGACGUAGCUUGGAAAAGAUCGUAGAGCUUCGUUAGCGCGAGCCGGAUUGCAUGUUUUAUCGAUUUAUCGCUAAUCUAACUAAAAUUGAGAGCUAGAUAUUCACAGGUGACUAACAAAAUUAUAUAUAUUCGCUUUUUCCUAUUUUAUAUUUUGUACCAUUGUGUUUGCGGAGGAUUCGCCCGAAUAAGAUUCGCGUUUCGAUAAAGAUAAUAAAUAACGAAUUCUUUUUCUCCUUCAAUGUUUAUUCCACGUCGCAAGGCUAAAUACAAUACAGGAAUAUCUGUCUAUUUAAUUAUAAGAUAUUUUUUGUUACAAAAAUAAUAAAUUCGAUAAUACAUAGUUUAUCCGAUCGCAAUCAUAAUAUCGCUGGAAGUUGUCUCGGAAAUCGCUUGUAUAUAUAUAUAUAUAUAUAUAUAUAUAUAUAAUAAGUAAAACGAGUCUGUUUCAUGAUUAAGAAUUAAGUAAAAAAUCUACGGAAACUAUUGAUUCUGCAAAUCUUUCUGUUAUCUUAAAUGGAACGGUAUAUACCUUACAAAUUUAAAUCAAAAUUGCAAGUUUCGCGCGACACAAAUGCAAUUACAUAAGUUGCGCGCGCAUCGCUGGGAUUAGGUUAGAUCGUCGAGUCUAUGACGUGCGUACAGUGUUCGCGUCUUUGACGUUAAUUCAUCAUCGUAUUACAUCGUUAUUAUUUUCACGAGUGUCGACGGAGAUAAAGAAAAUAUUACGCGGGCUCGUUUCCCCGUGAGAAUUAGCGAACGUCGUCGAGCACGCAUUUUGGAAGUCGCGGAUAUCUCGGACAAUUCUCUCCCCGACGAUCGUCGACUAUUUGUCUGUACAACGAAUGUGGAACUUUUAUUCCCGAUAAGCGAUAAGCGAUAAGUGCAUAGUAAGCGAACAUACUACUUACGAAUUAAUAUUCGUUUUGUAUAACGGAUUACACAUUUCCGUAACAAUAUCGAUAACUAUUUACCGUAAUGAACGCGAAACACUAUUGUUUUUUUUUUUUGUUUUUUUUUUAGAUCUCAUUGCAAAAUGCGUUUAUUUGAUUGCUAAUGUAGAAUCUUGUGUGAUAAGAGCACGGAGUUUUUUCUCGCAAUACUGUUAAAAGACAUGUAUCAAAAGCAUCGUGUUUAUGGAUGUUUAUGAAUAUAUAAUAUACUAUUAAUCAGGA